ACAAAGGAUGGGUACUUACUAAUUAGUGCAGUUAGAGAUAAGAAAUGGAGUUCUUGAGCUUCAUGCUCUUUUGUCUUGGCUUUGCCUGGAUCUGCAGCCGAGCCUUGCUUUCACUUGCAAGAAAAAGCAAAGCCAUACCCAGAAGGCUUCUUCCACCAGGACCAAAGCCAUUUCCACUUAUCGGAAAUCUCCUUGAGCUCGAAGACAAACCCCACCACUCCCUCACUAAGCUUUCCAAACGCUACGGCCCCAUAAUCAGUUUACAACUUGGCCAAGUAACCACAGUUGUAGUUUCCUCACCAACUCUAGCCAAAGAUAUCCUCCAAACCCAUGACCAAAUCCUCUGCAACCGAAACCUCCCAGAUGGUGUCCACGCCUGCAAUCACUCCGAGUACAGCUUGCCCUGGCUACCUGUGUCACCAAAAUGGAGAAACCUUCGUAGAAUAUGCAACUCCUAUUUGUUUGCCACCAAAGUUUUGGAUGCCAACAAAGACAGCCGGCGCGUGAAGGUGCAGCAGCUCAUUGAGGAUGUUGAUGAAAGCAUGAGGGCGGGUAAUGCAGUCGACAUCGGAAGGGCUGCUUUCGCAACUACGCUGAAUCUGUUGUCCCGGACUAUCUUCUCGGUUGAUCUAGCUGACCCGAGUAGCGAGACGGCUAGGAAGUUCAAGGACAAUAUUAGGGGUAUGAUGGAAGAUGCGGGGAAACCAAACUUGGUGGACUUUUUUCCUUUGCUUAGGAAGAUUGACCCCCAAGGAAUAAGGCGGCGCUUGACCAAAUAUAUCCUGCAAACUGUGGUCUACUUCAAAGGCAUGAUCGAUCAAAGGUUGGAAUCAAGAAAAGGGAAACAAUAUGUCACAAGUAAUGAUAUGUUGGAUAUCCUUAUAAACAUCAGUGAAGAGGGAAAUGAGGAUAUGGACGAUACACAAAUUGAACAUUUCAUUCUGGAUCUAUUUAUUGUAGGUACGGAUACAACUUCAGCCACUAUGGAGUGGGCAAUGGCUGAACUACUACGCAACCCAGAAGCCAUGUCGAAGGCUCAAGCUGAGCUUGAGGAGGUGAUUGGAAAAGGGAAACAAGUUGAGGAAUCUGACAUUGCUCAGCUCCCUUACUUACAAGCAGUAAUCAAAGAAACGGUUCGGUUGCACCCAGUAGCUCCAUUGCUUCUUCCACGAAAAGCUGAAUCAGAUGUAGAAAUCGGAGGGUAUAUUAUCCCAAAGGGGGCACAAGUUCUAGUCAAUGUUUGGGCCAUAGGAAGAGACCCCGACACUUGGGAUAACCCCGACUGUUUUACGCCGGAGAGGUUCUUGGGGUUGGAGAAUGAGAUUGAUGUUAUGGGAAGAAACUUUGAGCUUAUUCCAUUUGGUGGUGGGAGAAGAAUAUGUCCGGGGUUGCCUUUAGCAAUGAGAAUGUUGCAGUUGAUGUUGGGGUCUCUUAUUAACUGCUUUGAUUGGAAGCUUAAAGAUGGAGUUGUCCCUGAGACUAUGAACAUGGAGGAGAAGUUUGGCAUCACCUUACAGAUGGCUCAGCCUCUUAGAGCUGUGCCCAACAAGUUAUAAUUGAUUUUGUUAAGUUCAAUCACUUCAAUGGAAUUAAUGUUGUUUGCAGCGGAUACUCUUCUGGUUGGUAACUUCUAGUUCAAUAGGAUAAACGAAAAGUCAAAUAUUUUAUGGCAUCAAACUUCGGAAAAUGCCCAUAUUGCAGUUCCCGGUAAAAAGUCUGUACGUU